AUAAAUCUAUAGUAUAUUACUUGUGGAUAUUAUACGAUGUGAAAGAAGUAUUCUUCCAUAAUUCACACUUGUAAUAAAAUCUAAUUAUACCACAGAUGUGACAAUACUGAAACAAAACAUAGAUGAUAUAAGACAUUGGUAGAGAAAGAAAAAGGUUAUCAAUAUCAUUUUGCUUCAGAGCAAUCCCCUUUCAUUCUUCAUGAUGGAGUAUACGGCACAAAAUUUAGAAUAUGCGGUCAAUGUGUUUUAUAAUGGAGAACAGACCGAGAAAACUAAUGCACACACCUGGCUUACAACAGCUCAGCGAGCUCCAGAAGCAUGGAACUUUGUUUGGGAAUUACUACAGCCUCAUAAGGGUACAGAAAUACAGUUUUAUGCAGCAACAACUUUGCACACUAAAAUCCUGCGCUGCUGGAAUGAGGUACCACCAGAAAGCUAUGAAGAGUUGAAGAACAAGAUACUACAAGCCGUUACUUCAUAUUCCCAAGGUCCAAAGAUUGUAACCAACAGAUUGUGUAUUAGUUUAGCUGCAGUUAUAUUACAAUUGGGAGCAACAGAUUUAGCAUCAACACUAAGACCUCUGUCAAAUGUAGAAAAUACAUCUUUACUACUUGAAGUAUUAACUGUGAUACCUGAAGAGUAUAAUAGUAUGACAAUGGGUACAGCACUUAGAACAAAAAACCAAAAUGCAUUGCUUCAUGCCUGUCCGGCCGUGUUGGAUGAUAUGCUUCGCUAUCUGCAGUCUGUAUAUAAUGAUUACAGUAAGGGUCCACCCUGUGACGAGACAGUUAAAACUUGGUUGAAUGUGGCGGCGUGCGCCGGCAGCUGGCUGACAAUGGCCUGUGCAGACUGCAUGGACUACAAUAAUGCCAGUGUGCCGGACUUCGCCCCACUGUGCAGGGCAUUGCUUACCGUCGUACAUGUACUGUACUCAUGUAAUGAAGCUGUGAGCGACAUCGCGCUGGAGGCGUGCGAGGCGGCGCUGAACGCGGUGCGCGCGGCGGGCGGGGGCGCGGGCUCGCUGCGCCGCCCCCUCGCCGCGCACCAGGUGCUCGCUGACCUCUUGCAGCUCGCCGAGCGAGUGCUCGCUAGAGACAACGUGCCUAACUCUAUCAAUGAGGAGCUGCUAUCAGCGGUGAUAACGUGCUUGGUGUCGGUGGCGGACUGUCACUCGCGGCAGGUGGUGCGCGGCGUGGAGGCCGGGGAGCGCGAGCCGCAGCAGGCGUUGGAGCUGCUGCUGGCGGCGCAGACCGCGCCCGGACACUACCCGCUGCACGAGACGCGCUCACACUUCGUAUUCAGCUUCUGGUACACGCUGCAGGACGAAGUAUCGAACACGCUGGAUAGCAAGCACAAGAUGCACCCGGUGUGGCUGGACGUGUUCUCGCGGCUGCUGCUGGCGCUGGUGGCGAAGGCCGAGGCGCCCGCCGACAGCACCCUCUCGCAGGACGACCAAGAAAUGCUGCGCUGCUACAGGCAAGACAUAAGUGAUACUGUUACAUACUGCUUCUGCGUCUUAGAAGACAACACGUGGAAGGUGUUGGAGGAGGCGUUCCCCGUGGGCGGCAGCGAGGAGCGGCAGGAGGCGGUGCUGUUCGCGUUCCUGGCGGUGGGCGAGAUCCGCCUCACCAAGCAAGCGAUGACGCCCCCCAUCGGCGCGCUACUGCGUCACGCCGUACGCGCAGCCACCACCGCCAGCAACAAGAACCUAUUGGAGACGGCGCUCGACUGCUUAGGAGGUUACUCAACGUGGAUGAGCAGUAUGAGCACUGUGGAGGAGACGGAGCUGGCGCGGCAGAGCAUUUUAGCGGCGGGCGCGGCAUUACAGCGAUCGCCGGCGCGAGCUGCGCACGCGCUGCGCAAGCUGUGCACAGAGUGCGACAUGCUCGCCGCCACCAUGGCCGAGGACAUCGUCAACGUAACACAGAGUGGGAUGGGACGAUGCGACAGCUUCGUGCGGCGGCAGCUGGCGGGUGCUGCGGGCGCGGCGCUGGCUGCCGCCCCGCACUACAUCGCCGCGCCUCUCCUGCACAAGUUGGCGCACUCCUUGCUCGACGACCUCAGCGCACAAGCGGCAGAGGGCGUGCGCGCGCGCACCGCGGCGGAGUGCAGCGCAGCGCUGCUGACUGCACUGGUGGCCGCGCCCGCGCUCGCCGGCGAUCUAUUCCAGACGCUGCUGCCCGCGCUCGCGCACUUCGCGCAUCACGCAGAUCUCCUCGAGGCGAUGUACAAAGUGCUGGACCAGGCGCUGUCGUCGCUACUGGACGCAUGUCUACCGCACAUGCCACAGAUCGCCGAGCUCGCGGUGGCCGGCUUCCACACGCAGCCCUGUAUGGUCGGAUUGGUCGUACUUAACUUGAUAAUGUUAAUAUCGUACGAGACGUGGCCGGAGGCGGGACGCGUGCUGCGUGAGUGCGUGUCAGCGAGCGCGGCGCGCGCGGCGGCGGACGUGCGCGCCGACCCCGAGCUCACCUGCCAGCUCUUCCUCACGCUCGCCACUCUCACCAAGAAAAUGCCAGAGUGCCUGCAUUGGAUCGAGGACUUGCUAUCACAACUCGUCGAACUCGCAUGUCGUUGUGUGACGGUGUGGGACGCAACGACGGCGCGCGGUGCGUGUAUAUGGCUGAUAGCGCUGGCGGCGCGCCGGCCCGCUUCCCUGCUGCCUCACGCGCCCUCACUCACCGCCGCCGCUAUCUGCUGCAUCGGUGGUGCUUCACCACGCGCGCAGGUGUCUGCGCUAUCUGAGCUGCUGCUGGCACUGAACCGCGCCGAGUGGCCGACGGGGGCGGGUGUGGGGCAAGAGGCGGGUCAGGGGGCGGGUCUGCGCGCCUGGUUGCACGCCGCGCUCGAUGUCGACGGUUUUCCCUCGCAGCACGCCACGCGCCCACACAAACAGAAGUUCAUCACCGCAGUACUCAAAGAGAAGAAUAACAGACGGUUAGUUUUCGAAGCGGCGCAGGAGUUCUCCCUGGUGUGCCGCGGUCUCGUCGGCACCGAGUACGCGCGGCAGACCAUCGCCGCCAAACAACUCGUUGCGUAGAAUACUGACGUUUUUAAAUUAUUUUUAACGUUUCAGUACAACCCAGUAUUGAAAAGUGAGUCCUUUUUUAAGAUCUCUUGUUGAUAUAGAUGCCAAUAAUCUGUGAUCAUCGCUCGGCGUUUUAUAUCAUUUGUAAAUAAGACAUGGCA